AUGUGGCAGCGAUCCUACGUGGCGCAAACGACGCCGUUGCCGUCCGAGGGCGAGAACGCGAGAAGCAUGAGCGCCGCCAUGAUCCCUACGGGGAAGAAGAGAAGAACGAGCGGCGGAGGCGGAAGCGGCGGCAGCAUGAGCGGCAGCACAACCAUCGACGCCGCGAGAGCCGCCAGAAUGAGAACGGAUCCUAAGCUGAAACACCGCACCAUGUUGUUGUCGUCGUCGUUGAUGAUGAUGAUGAUGUUGAUGUUGUUCCUACGAUCAUGUUCCUCUCCGACACCGCGAGAGGGUAAAAGAGUAAUUUGGGACAGACGUGCGUGGUCUGAUCCUGUUACCUUGUGCGUGGGUGUCUCCGAAACGUUAAAAGUUUGGGUUUGA